AUGAAAAGAACGUCGCCAGCUGCACAGGAAACUGAAAAAUCUCAGAAACAACCUCUGAUGGAAAAUGAUAAGAUCCGGUCACUUUUCAACGGCAAAAUAUGGGACCCAAAGUUUCAGGAGGAUCUCAAGCACGAAAUUGCAACAUCACAGCCUUAUAACUGGGGGACAAUUCGAGAUUUAGUCGACGAUGACCUGUUGCGCAACGUUAGAAAGGAAAUUGAAACUGAGAUCCAUUUCACAAACAAGGAAACCGACAUAUACAAAGUGAACCAAAGCGGCGAUCUGGCCAACCUAUCGGGCCUCGAUUGGAACGAUCUGUCGCGGUUGCCCAGCCUGUGUCGCUUGCGAGAAAUCCUGUACUCUGAAGUGUACCGGGAUGUCAUUUCACACGUGUCUGGCGCCGGACCUCUCUCUGGCUCCAAGAUGGACAUGUCUAUCAACACAUACACCAAGGGCUGCCAUUUGUUGACGCAUGACGAUGUGAUUGGUUCCAGAAGAGUCAGUUUCAUUUUGUACCUGCCCGAACCGGGGAAACGGUGGAAAGACCACUACGGCGGUGGAUUACGACUUUUCCCCAGUAUAGUUGCUAACGUGCCACACAGUGACCAUACCGCAAAGCUUGUCCCACAAUUCAAUCAAAUUGCAUUUUUCAAAGUCCAGCCCGGAUUUUCGUUCCACGACGUCGAAGAGGUUUACGUCAACAAACACCGCCUCUCCAUUCAAGGCUGGUACCAUAUCCCACAAGAAGGGGAAAAGGGCUAUACUGAGGGAGAAGAAGCCGAAUGGGUGAAAACUAAUACCAGUACGCUUGCUCAAUUGGAGUCAAAUGUCUUGCAAGAUUAUGAAUUUCCUAAAAAUGAGAGAAGCAUUCUACCAUACCAUCAAAUUCGGCACUUCGAUGAGCUUUUAAAGGCACAGCCGGAAUUUUCAGAUGGAACUGGAAUUACGGGGACAGACUUGAGCCUUUUCUCGAAAGCAGAUUUGGAAUAUUUGGCCAACUUCAUUUCUCCCCACCAUUUGACAGAAACAGGGAUUCAAAAGCUUCAAUCCCAAUUUGUAACCAAGUCACAACUACAAAUCGAAGACUUCCUCAAUGACGAUAAGUCUGAAUCUCUUAAGAAACUAAUUAAAAGAGAUGAGUUGGAAAAAGAGUGCCCUUACGAAAGCGUCAAAGUGGAAGCCCCGUGGAAAACUGCAAUGCCCCCUCACAAGUGGAGAUACCUGUAUAUCGAUGGAAAGUCGCAUGAAAAUUUCCAGACAGAGCAAGAUGUUUUAGAAUCUCUCAACAGCGAGGAAAACCCCAAUUACAAGCUGCUCUCGAAAACUUUGGACUCCGCCAAUUACAACACAGAGGCAGCGCUAAUUGAUGUCGCCAUUUUCCUUGAGAGUACUGCUUUCAAGAAGUUUCUGGCUCUUAUCACUUUGCUUUCCCCGCUAAGUGAACAAGUUCUGAUUAGAAGAUUUAGACCCGGUAAAGAUUUCACACUCGCCACGCAAAUCAACAAAAAUCAUCUUCUUGAGCACGUAAAGGGCUUUGUUGAAGCUGUUUUGGAAGGCACUUUGUGUCUGACGCCCUCUGAUGGCUGGGAGUCCGGGGAAAUCGGAGGUUACGAACUUUACAUGGAUAAUCAAGACGAUGAUGAAGAAGAGAAUAAAGAUAUUAAAGAUGCGGCUGUGUACCAAAGCGAUGACACUGGCGACUCUGUACUCAUCAAUAAGCCACCCAGCUGGAACUCUUUCAAUUUGGUUUUGAGAGACGAAACUGUUUUGCAAUUCGUAAAAUACAUUAGUUGGGCAGCCAAAUCUAGCAGAUGGGACAUCACUGCGCAAUGGGACGUCAAGACUACGGAAGACGAAGACGAAAAUGAAAUUGAUAAUGAAUAG